CGAAAAAGAGCGGUAACAAUCAGUUCACUGUGCUGCUGCAGAAGAUACAGUUGAUGCUAAAGUUUUUGUAAGUAAGCUGAAUUUCACGAAUUCGUGAUAAACUAUUUGAAUUGUUUAUCAUAUCAAGGAAAUGCCUCACUGUGUAGUUAUUGGCUGCAUAAAUGGUCCCAAGAGAAAAAUUGGGCUAGCUUCGCUGCAGAAUAACGUUGUCGAAAAGAAAAGUAAAGUCUCAUGUUUUGGCAAACCAAAGGAUCCAAGUGUCUUGAGCAUGUGGGAAUACAACAUUCCUAGAGAAAACGGAGCUGUUUUACCAAAGCGUUACUCUGUUUGUCAUGAACACUUUGAUGAAUCUCAGAUAAUCAAAGAUGAUGUUACAAUCAUCAACGGGGAGGAAUUUAAAUUGCCAAGAAUAAACUGGAGAUUAAAAGCGGGGGCUUUCCCAACAAUCUUCAAAGGAACCCCUGAAGAGUUGCUAUUGAAAAAGAAUGGAAGAAAACCUCCUACUGUUCGAUUACCUCUUGGAAAAAAACCCAACUAUAAAACACACCAUUCAGUUGCAUUGAAGAAGGCACAUACUGUGAAAAAAAAAGUAUCAAGAGACAAUGAGGUUGAUCAAUCUGUGGACACAAAUCCUGCCGAUUCAUUGUUAAUGGAAAAACAGCCAGAAGAACAAAUUGUAGAAAUUGAUGAACUGGAACCACCAAACCAACAUUUUUCUGCUGAUGAUGCAUACCACAUUCAAUUACCUUCAAGUUAUUGGUACGUCAGAAAAACUACUGCUGAUAGCUGUAACUUUUUCGAAGUUGUGGUUAAAGAUGUAACCGCAGUAAUUGAAAAGAAUGUCAACAUUGAUUUCAAAAACCACAAAGUUUCUGUAACCUUUCAAUCCAGAAAAGUUCCUAAUUUUGAGGGAUCUUGUAUUCCAAGUACUUCAAAGGGUAUGGAAGCAUUAUUGCUUAGCAUACACGAAUCGAAAAUGUGUCCUGGCAUUAUGCACAACCCUACAAAGCAUCCACAUCAUACUGAAGUAGUUCGUAAUGGAAAUCUGAUUUCUAACAUUUGGAGAAAUAACAGCUGUAGGAUUAUGAUGGCCACCAACGAAGAAUCAAAGCAAGCCUGUCCCGGUUGUAAACUACUGGACAUUUCUUUAAGGAAACAAUUCAAACGCCAAAAAACUGUGAAUACCUUACUGAAUCACCGCUACAUGAGUCUGAAACAACUGGCUAAGAAAGUGAGUCUUCAGAAAGGAAAAAUGAAUUGCAGUUUAAAAAAAGACUCGAGAAAAAACAACAUUCAAAUCAAAGAACUAAAUUGAAGAAUAAGGAACUUUGCGUUGAAAUCGCAUCCAUUCAGAAAGAUAACCUUCAAUCUAUACAUUCUUGACGACCUUGAUGAUAAGGUGUCCAAUUAGUGAUGAAGCUUGGGUGGGAUUAAGUGGCUGAAAUGGUCUAUGUCAUCGGAAGGAGUCAACUGAGUUCGUUCGUUCAUUUACAUUAAGUUCCAUAACAUGGAAAUCCUUUGUUGUUACUGAGUGACUCCAAAGUAAAGGGACCCCCCUAAUUCCCUGAAAAACUAUCCUUUCCCUCCUCUCCUUUUUGAGAUCAAAGUUUACCCGUACGAAAAAAAACGGGGAAGGUUUUCCCUUGCUGACGUAUAUCAAACCAGGACCUAAUCCCACUCGACAGGUUUUCAUUUAAAUUGGCUGACUUCAUUUGGAGAGAGAAAUCGCCAUCAUCAACAGGCACUCAGUGUUAGUGCUUCGGAGUAUGAACUUGAAACUCUAGAGCAGAUUACAUCAUGGAUUUCAAUAACACGUUCGUCAUCAUCACUAGUUCUUCUGGACAAUUCAACGUCGUGCCAGCUCUUCCAACCAGAAGUCUCAACUAUUUUCUCAUCUGCCUGGCCUUUUUCAUCUUCUGCCCACUGUUUUACAUCUUGUGCCGAUUCGUCAAACUUCUUUGUUUUCCUGGAAGCGUUCCGGCGGAUGCAACGGCACUUUCGGCUGCGGAGUCGGAUGAAAACUCGGACAUUGGCGUUUACGUGAUUGACAUAGAUUUGAUCCAAGGUUACAUUAGGAAUUCAGAAACGAGCAGCGAUCGCCAAAAUCACUACUGCUUCGCUUCGGCCACGCCUCGCGAAACUCGUCGACUUUCACCGAGCCCAAUUCCCAAAACCUGUCCGUCCUAUGGCGAACUGUACGACUUGGAUAGCCCGCCCCCAACUUACGAGGAGUGGGAAUCCAAGACUUUUUUAAAUACGAUUCCGCCAGCGACGGAAUCAACUCCAGCCAGCAAAGCACCACCCCAUUUUUCUCGUUUGCAAUUCGAACAAUUGUACAGAAAUUUAAUUUAUUUUGCCUUUUACAUGUUUUAUAGGCUCAAACGUUUUGUAUAAAAGUAAUACAUUUAGGCUAUACUCUUAUUCAUUCGUAUCGUAUGUAAUGAUAAUCGUAAGUAUUAGACCUUACAUUUUCUCCGCCCACCCAAAAGCAGGAAACAAUCAUCUGCUGGUGUAUCUUCACGUCUUCGUGUGGUGCAACAGCGCGGGGAACUUUUGUUUCCCCCCCAAGAAAUGGUUUUAUGUUAUCAGUUACAUCUUCCCGCAGACAACCGAUUUUUGCGGGACCAUUGGACUCCCAUCCUCGGGCAUAUUUGCACGCAAGAGAACUUCGACCUGUUAGUCGUCUUCGUGAGGUGAGCAAGCUUUGAUAUUAUCCGACAUGGAAGUAAAAUUCAAAAAGUACUUAAAGUGGGAAACAUUUUUUUAAAUUUUAGUGAUUUUUUCUAGUGUUCUUCUUUGUUUUUUCAUACCCUUGAAUAUCCCAUGGAUCGUCAUCUCCUCCAGCGCGGUGUUUAUUUCCUUAGGCGUAACUUGCUUAGCUAAGGCUUGUGUUGAUCGUGUUUUGGUGAAGCAUCUUAAAACGGGGCAAUUAGAAAACCAGUUCGCUUCUGAGAUUAACGAGUCCGUUCCGAAUGAUGUCAUACCGAAAGAAAAUCAAUCAACCUGUCCGUCUUACAACGAAUUGUUCGAGCUUGAUAUGGAACCACCAAAUUACGAAGAGUGCCAGGCCAAAAACGAAAGCAGUAACGCUGUCCCGGAGCAACCGCCACGUAAACAACGUGACCAGAGACAGAACGUCUAUUUUGCCAAAUUUUGGACAAUUCUGGGUAAUUCAGAUGAAGCUUCGUCACCCGCUUUCGAGAUAAAAGCCCCAGAAGAGUGCAACACCAACAACUUACCUCCAAUCUACGAAGAGUACCGGGCUAAUGAAAUUUCCAUCGCUAUUCCUGAUGAGAUGGCGAUGAGAGAGACGGACGCCGACACUGCUGCUGUCCGUUCAGAUGACACAUACUCGGUCUUAAUAUUUCGUCUCGAUAUUUAAACCUCCACGUCCUACACCAAAUUAUAUUGAGCUUGAUAACCUACGCAGAGCUUCCAACUUGUAGAAAGACACAAUAACUUUAAGGAGAAAUCCAAUGUUUUCCGUAUAAAAAGAAUUUGGAAGCAUAUCCCUCCAAAGAACUCCAAGACCAAAGAAAGAUGCACUUCAACUUUGAAUAUCCGGAACGUCGAGGAUAAAAACGGCAUGGAUGGAAGAGACAUUUGAAGUUCGGAUUUUCCUUUCAUUUUGGGCGCGGAAUCGAAAACAACCCUAGAGCCCGUGGAGAGAAUGCAUUAUAACUGUAAGAUGACAAAUGGGAGAGAAAUAAAAAGAUAAGGACACAUGCGCCUUCAAAGUUAUUGCGAAAGUGUCACGAAAACUGAAGUGGAUCGUUCGUGUAAUUGCUGGAAACUGCAACCUGUACUAACCUGUAAUCGACGUUUCAUUUUAGAAGUUAGAGAUCCUGUACCCGCCUUCAAAUUGCCUUCAGCACCCAAAUGAUGUUAAAAGCUGUGUAUGGGGGGGUAAUAAGUGGGUCAUCGAACUGCGAAUUUAUUUGCCUCGAAAUUACACCGGAUGGUGCAACAGAAAGGGGAAUUUUUCCAUCCCGAGUCCUAGUGUCCAUUCAUGUUGUAAGUACCUGCCAGUGCCAGGGCAAGUUUCACGUCGCCGUCAAGCAUCUUCAUGAGCAGACCUGAAAGUGACGCUGAUAGCAGCGGCGCUAAGUCGGCUAACAACAUGGACUCGAGUUCGCCAUUCAAAAUCUUUCACAUCACCAAGUUCGACGAUCAUUCGUCAAAUCAGUUAAAUGAAGGAAAAGAUGGAGAAUAUUCAAAGUUGAUGACGGGCACUGCUGUCACUUGCCUUGUUCUUCUAUUGGUCAUUUGUAUUUUCUUGCCCUACUGCUAUCAUAAAUGCGCAUGCAGAAAUGCUGGACGUGCGGAUGCCCCUUCGCCGUUACUUCCCAAAGCACUACGUCCAUCCCAAUAUUUCCUUACCGCCCCAGUCCUAGUAUUCCAUGAAAACGACAUGGAAGGAUUUUGGAAUUCAGACUAUAACAUCGAAAACGAAUGUGCUCCAGUAGACUUCAUCCCUGAGCCCGUUCAAGUUGCAAUUUCAGAAACUUGCCCAUCCUAUCGCGAAGCCUUGGAGCUAAAUAAUCCUCCUCCGACGUACGAAGAAUGCAAGAAGAUUUUUUCUGCCGUUCCGGAAGUGAUUCGAAUCUCAACCGCAGUGACGGAAGCAAUUUCAAUGGACACGCCUGCUCAUACGUAACAAAAUGGAACGUCUGCCGUGAUCGACGACGACUUACGGCAUGCGUGUCAUGCAGGGCCAGCCAUAAAUCAAACUUUAUUUUGACGUAAUAAUCUCCCACUUUUGUUUUCACUCUUCCAUCCAGCUAUUGUUAUUAAAAUUUCUCUUCACUCCUACCUAGCUUUAGCAUAACAUUCUGCUAAGAAUAAGGUAACUAGCAAAACAUGCAGUGUUGCUGGGGAGGCCUUUCUGCUGUAUUAUAUGCAUUACAUUUUUUUGUGUUA